AUGCGUUCUUUCUUCGUUCUCACGUACAGAUUGUCCAGAAGAACAUUUAUCUCCGCACCAGGCAAUUGUAAUCAAAGGCUCUUCAUGUCCUCAUUAAGCCAUAUUUCACCCAAAUUGAGGGAUAUCAUUGGUUCUCGUUUGCCCAAGGUGUUUCCUGAGGUGGAUGCCUCUACAAACUCCAAUUAUCGUCAUUUUGAGGUCAAGGCAACUGACUUGUACUUGGAUGUCAACUUUGAAAAGAGCACCGUUACUGGUGAGGUCAAGUAUCAGCUACACGUUAAGGAUGACGCUGAGAGCAUAAUCCUGGAUACUUCUUUUUUAAACGUGAAGCAGGUAACUAUCGACAACAAAGAGGUUGAAUUUGAAAUUGAGCCCAGGAAGGAACCUUUGGGAUCCCCCCUGGUAAUUAAACAAGCAGUCAAGAAGGCUCAGCAACUGCUGCUGACCUCCAAAUUUGAGACCACUGACAAAUGCACGGCUUUACAAUGGUGCGACCCAGAGCAAACUGAUGGCGGUGAUCACCCAUACUUGUAUUCUCAAGGAGAGCCAAUUCACAUUCGUUCGUUGUUCCCUUGUUUUGACACCCCGUCAAUAAAGUCACCUUUUACAUUCAGGGUCAAAUCUCCUCUAUACACUCUACUGUCUGGAAAGACUUACAAGCAAGAGGGAGAUGUUUAUUACGCCAAGCAACCCAUUCCAAUUCCUGUGUACCUUGUAUCAAUUGCAUCAGGAAACUUGGUUGGAGCUGAUGUUGGCCCCCGUUCCAAAGUCUACGCUGAGCCUAUUGCAAUAGAUGCUUGCCAGAAGGAGCUCAAAGAUGAUAUCGAAGACUUUAUUCAAACAGCUGAAGGCUUAGUCUUUAAGUACGAGUGGGCUAAGUAUGAUCUUUUGGUGUUAAUCAAAUCCAUGCCCUUUGGUGGUAUGGAGAAUUGCGAAAUCUCUCACAUCAAUCCUACUUGUAUCACUGGUGAUAAACAGAAUAUUGAUGUUAUUGCUCAUGAACUGGCACACUCUUGGUCUGGAAACUUAGUAACAAACUGCUCAUGGGACCAUUUCUGGUUGAACGAGGGAUGGACUGUUUACUUGGAGAGACGUAUCGUUGGUGUUUUGCACGGAGAACCAAGCAGGCAUUUUAGUGCUAUUAUUGGAUGGUCUGAUCUAGAAUACUCAAUCAAGUCCAUGGGUCAGACUGCUCAACGAUACUCCACAUUGAUACAAGAUCUGAAAGACGGUUCUGAUCCAGAUGAUGCAUUUUCAACAGUUCCCUACGAAAAAGGGUUUAACUUGUUGUUCCAUCUUGAGCAAGUGUUAGGGGGGACUUCAGUAUUCGACCCCUUCAUUCCAUAUUACUUCAGCAAAUACAAGUACAAAUCACUUGACUCGUAUCAGUUCUUGGAUACCCUUUAUGAGUUUUUCUCAGAUAAACAUGAAAUUUUAGACAAAGUUGACUGGGAAACUUGGUUGUACAAGUUUGGAUUACCACCAAAGCCAAAGUUUGAUACCUCGCUAGUUGAUGAAUGCUAUGAUUUAGCUGCCAAAUGGGUUGAUGUCACCAAGAAGGAUAGCAAAGAUCUUUUGAAGAAAACUUUCAGCUCAGAUGAUAUUUCUAAUUUCACGGGUAACCAAACUAACGUCUUCCUUGAUACUUUAGUAUCUUAUCAAGGAGUGGAAGGUUUCCUGUGGAAUUCCAAAGAAGGGGAACAAGCUUUGACGUUUAUGAGAGAGAGCUAUAGCGUUUAUGACGACUCCAAGAAUGCAGAAGUCAUUUUCCGCUGGUACAGACUACAAUUAACAGGGAGAAGCAAGCAGUACUACCAGCGUCUGGCCGAUUGGCUGGGAACAAUCGGACGAAUGAAAUUUGUUCGACCAUCUUAUCGAAUGCUCAACGAUGUGGACCCUCAACUGGCCAAGGACACAUUCUUGAAGUUUGAGCCAAUCUACCAUCCGAUCUGUCGAUCAAUGAUCCGCAAGGACUUACACUUGUAG